AAAUCACGACAGCCAUUUAAAAGAGAGAGAGAGAGCAUAACAUGCAGAAGCAUGAAGUUUCUAGUGUGUGUCAGGCCGUCCGUUUCGUGACCUGCCUCAGUCAGGCAUUGAGUGAGUGGCAGAGAUGAGUGCUCUGGCGUCCACGUCAUCAUCAUCAUCAGCUGCUGGCGUUUGCCUUAGGACCGGAAUCUUUGGAAGGCCCCUUAAAAAACCCCAUCUCACCUCCUUCUGCAAAUGCAAACCUGCCUUUUCUUCUCCCUUUCUAAUGCGUGUUCUGAAUGACUCUAAAGGGAGUGAUAUGUCCUCCGAUCCUACAAUCGAAAGAUCUGAGGCUGACAAGCUUGUAGAUGGUUUGGAUUUUGGUGAACUUUGUGAUGAUUUUGAAUGCAUCAGCAGUCCAUCUGUAGAAUCUACCGCAAGGCAGCUAGUGCGUGAUAUUCUGGAGCUGCGACAGGGCAAUCGUGCCUUGGGAACCUUUGCCACCUCUGUCAAAUACAAGGAUCCUCUUAGAAAUUUCACUGGUCGUGAGAAAUACAAGAGACCUCUCUGGGUAACUGAUGCGUUGGAUAAACCUUCAGUGACAGUGCAAGAGAUGGUGAUGUUGUCAACUAGUGUGUUGAACAUCAAGUGGACUGUCAAAGGGAAGCCUAAAUUGCUUGCAAUUUCUAGUAUAGGAGGAGACUUGAUAGUCAUUGUGAAUUCAAGGUUUACAUUGAACCAAAUAAGUGGCCAAGUUAUUGAGCAUGAGGAGCUGUGGGAUUUGUCUGCAUCAUCAGCCAUUGGUCAGGCAUAUUUCUGGACAUCUCGUAGGCUUUUUGCUGCCAUUGAAGCUGGAAAAGAUAUUGCUGACACUGUUAAAGACACAACAGCUCGUUUUUCAACCCAAAAGGAGAAUUCAGAGAUCUAUCCAGACCCAUCAGGUGAUCCCACCAAGUUUUUUCAAAGGGAUGAUGGCUUACAAAGGGACGCAUACCAGAUUGCACUCUUCUUGGCGGUUCUAUAUUUUGUUGUACAGUUCUUGAGGACAACCCUGUGAAUGUGAAAACCCAACAACUUCAUAUAUUCUCCCAUUUUGUAAUUAUUAGGUUUUAUUUUGUAUACCCUAUUCAUCACCAAUGCUUGUAUUAUAUCUAGAUUCAAGACUCCCAUGAUUAGUCAAACUCAUUCUUAUCCUGUUUGGUGGAAAAUUACCAUUUCUUCACCUUUAAAAAAAAUGCAUUUGGCAAAAUUUUAUGA